AGUAAAGAUGACCUUGGAUGUGGACACAGCCCAGAACCACCUCAUCAUCUCUGAUGACCUGCUGAGUGUCUACUAUACGCCUCAGAAGCAAGACCGAAAGAAAUGUGCAGAAAGAUUCCAUCCCUCCCCUUGUGUCCUGGGCUCUUCCCGGUUCACUUCGGGCCGCCAUUACUGGGAGGUAGUGGUGGGGACCAGCAAAGAAUGGGAUAUAGGCAUUUGCAAAGAGUCCAUUAAUCGAAAAAAGGCUAUUUAUUUGUCUGAAAAAAAUGGCUUCUGGACCGUGGGUGUGAGGGGAAAAAAGGUCUAUUCUGCCAGCACUGAUCCCUUAACUCUGCUGCUGGUGAACCCUCGGCUACAUAGAGUGGGCAUUUUCCUUGACAUGCUAGAAAACAGUGUUUCUUUCUGGGACCUUAGCGAUGGCUCCCAUAUCUAUACAUUCCUUAAAAUUCCUGACACGGAUCCAUUUCGCCCAUUCUUUUCUCCAGCAAGUUCCUAUCCAGAGGGUGAUCAAGAACAAGUCCUAAGUAUCUGUCCUGUGACAAAUCCAGGCAUUUUUGGAAUUCCAGUUAACCCCCAAUAAGGGGAAUAACCUUUGGGUAUGAAAGCUGCUAUGGCAGUCGCUGAGUACUCGUAACCUAGCUAAGAAUUUUUGAGUCUGGUACACACAGAGCACAAAAGCAUUACAGAAAUGUAUGGAGGGCCUCAUAAAUACUAACUAGUUCCAGGAAAUGCCAUUUGGUUUGGUUUGGCUUGGGUUGGGUUUUUUUUUUACUUUAUUUUUUUUACACUCCAUAUUUUAUUUCCCCGCCCCCCACCCCUGCCCCAUCCUCAAGAGACUAGAGGCCCUAAUCAGUUUAGAUGAAAUAGCAUUUUUAAUAUAAAGUAUUAUCAUGAUUGUUUUCUUUGGAAUUUAUGUUUAUAUUUCUGUUCCCAUUCAUAUAUUGUGAAAUUUUACUGUGAAUGUUUUCCUUUUUAUUUGCUAUAAUAUUAAUGUAUGGUGUUGUGGAAUAAAUAAACUAAAUAAAAAUUUUA